UGACACUGAAUGAUGGGAACUUUAUGCCUGAGCUUGGAUUUGGCAUUUUUGCUUCAGAUGAAGUUCCUAAGAGCAAGGCUGGAGAGGCCACCAAAGUGGCUAUUGAUGUAGGUUUCCAUCACAUCGACUCUGCAUACCUCUAUCAAAAUGAGGAGUAGAUUGGCAAGGCCCUCGGAGAGAUGAUGGUGGAUGGUACUGUGAAGAGAGAGGACAUAUUCUACACCAGGAAGCUUUGGGCUACUUUCCUUCGACCAGAAUUGGUUUGACCAGCACUGGAAAGAUCACUGAAGAAACUUGGACUGUACUAUGUUGAUCUCUUCCUCAUUCAUGUGUCAAUUGCUAUGAAGCCUGGGGAGGAGCUUGUGCCAAAGGAUGCCAAUGGGGAAAUUAUUUUAGAUACAGUGGACUUUCGUGACACAUGGGAGGCCCUGGAGAAGUGUAAAGAUGCAAGAUUAACCAAGUCCAUUGGGGUGUCCAAUUUCAACCACAAACAGCUGGAGAUGAUCCUGAACAAGCCAGGGCUCAAGUACAAGACUGUCUGCAACCAAGUGGAAUGUCAUCCUUACCUCAACCAGAGCAAACUGUUGGAGUUCUGCAACACCAAGGACAUUGUUGUAGUUGCCUACAGUGCCCUGGGGUCCCAUAGAGACCCAAAAUGGGUGGAAAGAGAGAGAACUAGCCUCAGAGUCCUAAAUUUUGUGGCUUCUAGGUCUGGUUUUGCCUCUUUCUAG